UUUCUCUGAAUAAAAUGAAGAAUAACAACAUGACUUUUUACAAGAUAGAGAGGAGAAAUUACAUCUCUUCACCAUGACAUACUCCAGUGUUAGCUCAAAGUAGAAGGAGGCGGAUGGUCUCCACCUCUCCUUUGGAGAACUCCACCUCAGUCAAGCAAGAGAGGGUAUGCUUUUCCGGCUUUAAUUCCCCUAUAUCGAUCAAUAAUAUGAAGGAGUACAGGCUGAACUUGAUUCCCAACAUCAAGUGAGCUCCUUUUGGAAGAAAGCAACUCAAGAAAGAAACAAUACUGAAUAAAAUAAAAAGAAUUAAGCUACAAAAUCCAUCCAAGAUGUCUAAUAGAGUGUUUAACAGAGGCAGAACGGUGGAGAGAAAGCUAAAUGGGAAAGGAGGUACCAAACUUAACAAGUUUCUUAAGAGAAAAUUGAGAUUCCUGAGCCCAUUCCCGCAAACAUCAAGGAACCUCCUGAAUCAAAAUUCAAAAGAAAGUACCACUAAAAAGCUAAAUUCGACAAUCAAGAAUCCACAAAUAACGGCCUCAAGAGCAAAGAGGGUUGAAAUUUUUAGUAGUAGAAAAAUACCUGUAACCGAAGACACGAGGUAUUCCAAGGCAGUCUCAAAUAUCUGAGCACCUUUAAAGAUCCCUUUAAAGACACUUACAUCUCCUUGUGUUUCUUCAGGGCAACAAAGCCAGAUCAAAAGCUACACUCUGUUCUGUUCUCCAAGUCAGAAGAACUCAGGUAACCCAAAGAACACUUUGAUGGAUUACCUAAAUGAUAUGUCAGACGAAGACCUGCCCGAAUGAAUGGGAGGGAAGGAAAAAGGACCGAAAAGAGUCUCCUUUUCAGCGAUAUUUGGGGGUUAAGUGGGGCUGAAAUUUUGUGCAGGAAAAGUACCUAUAAGAUUCAAAAUUCUAGUUAAAAAGUAACGUUACUCCACUAUUUAAAAUUUCUUCA